GGUGUUCGCUGCUUGGCGCGCUCGGCCGCUUCGGCUGUGCUCAGCUGUUUGGCCGUCUCCUCUUCCGAGGGGCGGGUGUCCUGUCGCGGUCUCUAACCCUGUCAGGUAGCUCGGCCGCAGCCUCCGGACGUCCGUACCAGCUCCGCGCCUGGGCGGCGCCGCGCCCUUCGGCUCGUGGAUGGGGCGUUUCGGCCUCGCUCCCGGGUGCCCUGCUGCCCCGCGGACGCUCCAUUUGGUCGGGGAGCGAUGCUCUGAGGUUCGGCACGUUCUGGUUGGAGCUCCGAGUCUCCGGAGAAGCAGUGUUGUGACAACCACGACCGCCGGGAAGUUUUAAGUUACUCUUUGUAACCCAGUAGCAUUGCAGACCAAUCCAGUGUUUAUAAAAUAGGUAUAGCUGUGGACCAACUGUCUACGAUCAUGCACACCUGGGUCAUGCUUGCUCAUACGUUAGAUUUGAUAUAAUUCGAAGGAUUCUGACCCGGGUUUUUGGGUGCAACAUCAUCAUGGUGAUGGGAAUUACGGACGUGGAUGAUAAAAUAAUCAAAAGAGCCAACGAGAUGAACGUGUCUCCCGCUUCCCUGGCCAAUCUUUAUGAAGAAGACUUUAAACAAGACAUGGCGGCCUUGAAGGUUCUCCCACCCACCGUGUACCUGAGGGUGACUGAAAACAUUCCUCAGAUAAUUGCUUUUAUCGAGAGAAUAAUUGCUAACGGGCACGCUUACUCCACCCCGAAAGGCAAUGUCUACUUCGACCUGCAGUCAAGAGGAGACAGAUACGGCAAGCUGGUCGGCGUGGCCCCUGCCCCCGUGGGAGAGACAGAUCACUCUGACAAGCGGCAUGCCAGCGACUUUGCCCUGUGGAAGGCGGCGAAGCCCCGGGAGCCGUCCUGGGCCUCGCCCUGGGGAGACGGGAGGCCUGGCUGGCAUAUCGAGUGUUCCACCAUCGCCAGUUUGGUGUUCGGAAGUCGGCUGGACAUCCACUCGGGUGGCAUAGAUUUAGCAUUUCCUCACCACGAGAACGAAAUCGCACAGUGCGAGGUCUUUCACCAGUGCCAGCAGUGGGGGAAUUAUUUCCUACAUUCUGGGCAUUUGCACGUGAAGGGCAAAGAAGAGAAGAUGUCCAAAUCACUGAAGAACUACAUCACAAUUAAGGACUUCCUCAGCACGGCCUCCCCAGACGUCUUCCGCCUCUUCUGCCUGCGGAGCAGCUACAGGUCAGCCAUGGACUACAGCGACGGCGCCAUGCUCGAGGCCAGGCGUCUGCUCCGUGCCGUGGCCGCCUUUGUGGAGGACGCUCGGGCCUACAUGAGGGGGCAGCUGGCGGGCGGCCCCGUCCAGGAGGACGUGCUGUGGGAGAGGCUGGGCCACACCAAGGGGGCCGUGCAGGCGGCGCUGGCGGACGACUUCAACACGCCGGGGGCGGUGGACGCCGUCAUGGACCUGGCUCACCACGGGAACAGACAGCUGAAGGCGGCUGCCGAGGCGGCCGGUGGUCCCAGGAGCCCUGCUGUGUUCGGUGCCGUCGUGUCCUACGUGGAGCAGUUCUUUGAGACGGUGGGGAUUUCUCUGGCUGAGCGACAGUGUGUUUCAGGGGCCGGCGGCCCGGCCGCCCUGCACAGCGUGGUCGAGGAGCUGGUCCGCUUCCGGCAGAAGGUCCGGCAGUUCGCUCUGGCCGCGAGGGAGGCCCCUGGGGAGGCGCAGCGGCAGCUCCUGGAGAGGCAGCCCCUGCUGGAGGCCUGCGACGCGCUGCGCCGGGACCUGGCCGCCCACGGCGUCAGCAUCAAGGACCGGGGCGGCGUGUCCACGUGGGAGCUGCUGGACCCGAGGACAGAAGACCCCAAACCAGGGAGCUGAGGCCACGGGAUGCGGAGGCCACGGCUCCCGGGCAGUUCUGUGCUGCUUCAAAUCAUGAUAAAAGCUUGAUGUUAAA